AUGCGAGAUUGUAUCGAGCUAGGGGAAAGUUGCUCGCGAGGAAAGUCUGAAGCGGAUUUGGAAGUCGGUGUGGAAGUUGGUGUGGUAGAAAAUAACACGAUAGCACAGGCAUCUGAACCCGAACGGAAAAAGCAUUCAGACGACGACGAGCAUCGCAACGUAAACGAUUCACUCUUUAAACCAGCCAAAUACAAUCCAACACUACUUCUUCGCGCUGAUUUCAGUUUCAGAGAUCCAGCAACCAUGGGAUUGUUCCAAUGUGCCGAGGAAAUAGUGUUCAAAUGGUGGAAAGCGGAUAACGAAGCGCGUCCUCGCUGUCUCCAAGAUGUCCAUCUAAAGAGAACCCCAUCGAAUGUAUCGAUUACGCGUUCGGGUUACAAAGAGCGCCGACGAGUAGCAGAGGAGGAUGCGAGGCGAAAGAAACUUGAAAGAUAG